AUGCUGCAGGAGCUCUUCUAUAAUCGCCUAUCCUCCCAUGCUUUCUGAAGAAAAAAUAUCAGCUUCUUCAUUUUCCAGUUGAGAUUUGAUAAUUCCUUAUUUAACGCCAAUAGAGCAAUAUCAAUUUUCUUUGGUCUGCAGAAAAUUUUUUUUAAUCCUUUAUCCUCCAUCUCCAGACAGUCCAAUCCACAAACAUAUUCCGAGUUUUGAAACUGAAGCUGUCCAAUCAUUAAAAACAAGCAUAGAUACAAUUACUAG